ACCUUGUUGCAAGCUCUCUGUACUCUUCAUACCGUGUCGCUUCCCUCACUUGCCGUGUAAUCCCAGAAUCCACAUGCCGUUUCAUCACCGUCUCCUCCUCACUUCACUACCGUUGUCGCCGUCGUCUCCUCCCUCUUAGCAACAACCACCACCAAAACCAAUCGCCCACGGCGGCGAUAUAGCUUCUCAAUUCGUAAAAAUGACAAACAAAGCCAUUCGACUGUAGAAAACAAAGAUCUCUCAAAACUAUUCAUAUUUUCAACAAAUUAGAGUGAAGAAAGAGAACAAAAAUGAUGGGGUAUGAGAACCAGGGCUACGAAGAAGCCCAUCUCUACGCAUCGCGAGAAGAGAUGGAGAGUCUCGUCCUCGACGAGCCAUCCAACGGCGGAGACUCUCACACCGAUCCCUUAUCAUCAUCCCUACCGUUCGCCGAGAUCGCCACCGACGAUGAUCCCCAAAUCUCUUCUCCAUCGUCGAUUCUGCACUCUCAAAGCCCUAACUUUUCCUUCAAUUCAAUCCUCGAACCCCCCUCAUACGCCGACGCGAUCUUCAGAUCCUUCGACGGAGACCACAGCAGCAGCGGCGAGAUCAACGGCCACGAUAGCUCCGGAGUGCUAUCCUCGUCGCCGUCGUCGAGCUCCGAGUAUAUAAAGAUUUCGGUUUCGGACCCGCAGAGAGAGCAAGAGCUCUCGAAUUCGCUCGUUCCUGGCGGAAACACCUAUAUAACCUACCUGAUUACGACGAGAACGAACAUGCCGGAGUUUGGUGGACCUGAAUUCAGUGUUCGGAGGCGGUUCAAGGACAUUGUCACACUUUCCGAUAGGUUAUCGGAGUCGUAUCGAGGGUUUUUUGUGCCGAUAAGGCCAGAUAAGAAUGUGGUGGAGUCUCAGGUGAUGCAAAAACAAGAAUUUGUGGAGCAGAGGAGGGAGGCAUUGGAGAAAUACCUCCGUAGAUUGGCUGCGCAUCCGGUGAUUAAGAACAGCGAUGAAUUGAGAGUGUUUUUGCAGGUGCAGGGGAAGCUUCCGCUGGUACAGACCACGGAUGUGGCGUCGAGGAUGCUGGACGGAGCAGUGAAGCUUCCGGGGCAGCUGUUUGGGGAGUCUGUAGGAAUGGUGGACCCGAAUGAGGUCGUGCAGCCAGCGAAGGGAGGGAGAGACUUGUUGAGGCUCUUUAAGGAGUUGAAGCAGUAUGUGGCUAAUGAUUGGGGUGGGACAAAGCCGCCGGUGGUGGAGGAGGAUAAGGAGUUUUUGGAGAAGAAAGAGAAGUUGCAGGAUUUUGAGCAACAACUCAGUAAUGUGUCUCAGCAGGCUGAAUCACUUGUCAAAGCUCAGCAAGACAUUGGAGAGACGUUGGGAGAAUUGGGGUUGGCCUUUGUCAAACUGACAAAGUUCGAGACAGAGGAAGCUAUUUAUAACUCGCAGAGAGUGAGGGCUGCUGACAUGAAAAAUGUGGCAACUGCUGCUGUUAAAGCAAGCAGAUUGUAUCGGGAGUUAAAUGCACAAACAGUCAAACAUUUGGCUAAACUCCAUGAGUAUCUUGGGGUGAUGUUAGCUGUCAACAAUGCAUUUUCAGACAGAUCAAGUGCAUUGCUAACUGUACAGACUCUUUUAUCCGACUUAUCUUCCUUGGAAUCAAGGAUUGAAAAGCUUGAAGCUGCUUCAUCCAAAAUAUUUGGUGGAGAUAGGUCUAGAAUUCGAAAAAUAGAAGAGCUGAAAGAAACUGUCAGAAUUACAGAGGAUGCUAAAAGCUGUGCAAUUAAUGAAUAUGAACGGAUCAAGGAUAACAAUAAGAAUGAGCUUGAAAGGCUGGACAAAGAGAUUAAUGAUGACUUCCUGUGCAUGCUGAAAGGUUUCGUAGUUAAUCAGGUUGGAUAUGCAGAAAAGAUGGCAAAUGUGUGGGAAAUGGUUGCAGAAGAAACGAGUGGUUAUGUGAAGGAUGGUAGAUGAAGUAUGUGGGUGUAAAUUUUGUGUUCAGUUUUCUCCUUCUAUUUUGUACUCUAUUUAUACGUUUUGGAACUUUUUACGACAUUAAAAAGUUAGCAAAGUUUUUUUCCCCAUUAUUUGAUAAUAUUAGCAAAGCUUUUUCCCAUUA